UUUGUCUGUGUCCGAAAACUUUCCAGUUUGUCUAGUUUUUCCCCAGACAUCUGACAGCAUAGCUGAGCUAUGCCGAUAAUACACAUUCUAUCCUCAUAACUUCUCUUCUACUUACAGGAAGUCAAAUAUAUUCUACCAACAUCAAACAAAAUACAAUCUCAGGAUCAGACGUUUGUUUCGUGAAGUUUACUUCGUUGCUGAUGAUGAUGUUAUAAAUGCAUUCAAUUUGAAGACUUUCAUGUUUGUCUGUGUCUAAUUUUGGCUGGAAAUGAGGAAGAGCAAGUUCUGGUAGUGAGUCAUGGUGGAUUUUGGAGCAUGAUGAAAAUAUCUGAGAGGGAGGGAGAGAGGAGGAAGAAAAGUGCAAGCUAUGUUCGAGGUGAAAGACAAAGAGGAGAAGAGCUUGUUGUUGGACGGAGUCUGAGAGGAUGAAAGGAAGUGGUCUUAGGUUGACAUUUACAUUACAUUUAGUCAUUUAGCAGAGGCUCUUAUCCAGAGCGACUUACAGUAAGUACAGGGACAUUCUCCCCGAGGCAAGUAGGGUGAAGUGCCUUGCCUAAGGACACAACGUCAUUUGGCACAGCCAAGAAUCGAACCAGCAACCUUUGGAUUACUAGCCCAAUUCCCUAACUGCUCAGCCACCUGACUCCCUUGGUUGAAGGUUGAAGAAUAAAUGAAAGAAAGGAGAGAGAGAAGGAGGAGGGAAUUGACGAAUCAUGUCUCUUUUAGAGGGCAGGUCCUUGCCGCAAGACCUCAGCACUGAGGACACAGACCAAGACACACACACAAACGUACACACCAACACAGACACGCACACAGACACGCACUCCAACACACCCUCCGACACAGACACGCACACCGACUCAAACAUAAACAUGCAACUCUCCUGCAUGCAAACAGACACACACCUGAACCCACAUCCAAACACUUGCACAAACAACACACAACCAGAGACGCAACCACGCACUUGUCAGAGCUCACACACCCAACGAUGUCUCACAGACACUGCUGCCGCUGGCGGACAUGCGAGUGUGUCGCUUCACAGCCAAGAAACGGAGGCUGUUAUAUUCAAAGCAGUUUGCAUUCAAACAAACGAUGAUGAUGAUGAUGAGGAAGGUCAUCGACUCAAGGAUGCAGCAGGAGAUUCAGGAAGUCCCGAUCCAGCACAGAAGCCUGUUGUCUCUGAGGACUCUAGUUCUUCUCCUGCUGUGAUUCCCAGAUGGGACAGGAAACCAAUUCCUCCUGCUCCUCCUGGCCUGGAACGUCCAUGCAUCCCUCCCCCCGUCCCUCCCAAAAGAAAGCCCAAGCCUCCGACCCUUCUCCCCAAGCAACAUGCUCCUGUGCUGGGAGGAGACUCAGAAGAAAGCCCAGGCUUAGUCCUGGGGCCUCCAGGGCCUGGAGUUCAGGCUUCGUUAGCAGUGGAUACAUCUGCCAUGUAUGCAACCGUCAUCCAUAAGUCUCAACAGACGCCCCCCUGCCCCCAGCCCUGCCCCCCGCUAGGAUGUGCCCCUCAGGAGAAGCAUGGGGGUUAUUUUCAGGGAACUGGGGGCAUCCCAAUACAGGAACCUCCCCAACUGAUGGAGCAGGAGAUGGAGGGAGUCUACAGAGCUCAAGAGAUGGCUGGGGUGGAUGUCUCAGUGGAGGCUACAAUGACACCGGCCCCCAUCCCCAAACCUCCUCGUAGGAACAGACCCAACCCCAUGCUCCAGGAACCAGUGGUGGGGACCAAGGAAGGUCCAGACAUGGAGGCCUUUGCUGGGUCUGUCGUAGAAGCCAGGUGCUCCCUCCAAGCCCUCCAUCUGGCUCCUCCAGGGGCGGAGUCAGUAAAACAACCCAGAGAUAUGCUGUCCGCUUCAGGGGACCAGGGUUCUGGAACCCACACAGCUCUCAGGCAGAUGGAAGAGGAGGAGGACCAGUCACCAGUGGGUGAGCUGGAGGAUGAAAGGGGCCAAGGACAAGCUGUGUGCCACCGGGGUUCUCUCAGCUCCUUAAGCUCAUUCAGGCUGUUCUACAACCCCACCAGCCUGGUUGAAGAGAUCUUCACUGGAGAUGAGUGGUCAUCCUACCUGUUGGUCAACAGCAACCCCUCCUCUUCCCAAUUUACCGGCCAAUCAGAGGUGGAGACACAACCUCUAUGUGGCGGUGACCAACAAGAGUCUGGACCAGUGCCACCCCUGAUCAUAUCUGACCACUCAGAUGAGGGUAACCAUAGCAGCACUAUGGACCUGCCAGAUUACGAGAUCAUGUGCCAAUAUGAAGAGGGCGCGCUGGUGGACAAGCAACGGGAUGCUGCACAAGAGGAAUUAAACAAUGAGUGGAGAGGCAGGGACAUUGGAAUCAUACCAAAGGCUGUGCUGGCCAAUGGCGCUAAACAGCAAAAGGUGCCUGUAUCCAAGCUCAAGACCGAGGACAUCUAUGACAACAUAGACCUGUCCUGUGUGAAGUCUCUUGGGGUUCUGGACAGCUCCCCCCAGAAACACAGAAUCUACCUGAGCAGGAAGAGGAAGAGCCGACGCCCACGAAAGAAGCCCAGAGGAGACAUCUUCAAGAUACCACGAUUUGGCAUAUUCAAAUCCGCUGCUCAUUCCUCCAUCAUCCCAUCAUCACCUCUAGUUUCCUCCUCCCCCGCUCCCUCUUCCUUCUCCCUCUCUCCAUCCCUCUCUGCCUACUCCCCUUCCUCUCCCUCUAAUGGUUUCUUCUCCUCCUCAAUUUUCUACCCUGCUCCUUCAUCUCCUCUCUCUCCUCUUUCCAACGACGAGGUGGGGUCGCAGUUGAAGACAGGAGAGGACGGUACUAAAUAUGGGGUUUCCAGUCCCAGAUCUUUGGCUAAGUUCAUGAGCACUUUGAAAGAGAAAGCAAGGAGGAAGAACAAGCAGUGAAGAAAGACCUAUGGAGCACACACACAUGCAUGCACACACCUACACAACACAUGCAUGCUAAUGCCUACACACACACACAAAGCUAUACAGGCACAUCUACACACUAGCAUACACUUACACAAACCCACAAACACGUAUUAUAACAGUGAUAAAUAUGAUAAACAAAAGAGGGAAGUUCAUGUCUGUGUCCGAGAAGUCGUGAGCUGUCCUCCCUCGACAGUGAUGAAAUUGUACAAGAAUACCUUCUGCUCAUCUUGUACCAUACAUUUAAACACAUUAAAGGACAUGUUUCACAUUAAUGCUGAAAUAUGAUACGUUUUAUUUUGACUGCAGGUUAAGAAGUUGACGGUUCAAAUCCCCCUUUGUAUAUCACAUUGGAUAAAAGUGUCGGAUAAAUGAAUAGAUCGUUAUCAUUAUUAAAGAACCAGAAUUUACUUUAACAUGGUUUCUAUGUACAGUAGAUGUCAAGCCUAGACCACCGUUUAAAAUACCGGUUUUCCUUUUACAGCCUGUAUUACAAAGUAAAUUAAAACCUUUUUUCUCACCUGUCUAAACACAAUAUUUCAUUAAUGAGAAGCUAAAACGUUGAAGACUUUAGUGCUGAAAAUGUGUUGUGAUUAGAUUAAAUGUCUCUCCGAAAUAUGGAGUACAUCUACAAUAAAGUAGUCAUGUUUGUUACUUGACUGAAGAUCUCAUGUAGACAAGACAUGUCUUUCUUGACAGUGCCAUUUUUUUUAUUGAAAUUUUGCACACAGCUAUAAAGCAGAAGUGCAUUCUGAAUCCCCAUCAUGAAGUCUGUGACGUAGCAGAAUCACCCAACUCAAAUAUUUUAUAAAUCGUUUCUUCCAAGGCCGAAAUCAACCAAAUAAGAAGGGAUACAUAUAAUCAACUAAUCAACAAUUUCUCGGUACAUGUCAUUGUUUUGUUGUUCAAGACAUUCUUGUAGCACUGCAGUCAAGUAUUGAGAUGUUACUAUUGCACUGUAGUUUUAUUUUGACUGUAAUGCUGUAAGCAACUGCUAAAUUAAUAAAAUGUAAUUAAUAAAACUCCAAGGAGGUUGAGCAUGAUUCUAGCGCUAAUGAUAAGCAUGAUGGUGAUAAUAUGUGUAACGUUAAAGUUCACACCAGUAUCUUGGAACGGUGCAGGGGUGAGAGAAAGAGGGAGGAGACUAUGGAGGAUUAUAGGGGCCAAAACUAAAUAAAUGAAUUAUUGAA